UUGUGGUUGGAUCUUCGAGAGUUUUUCUCUUUUUCUUGUCUGAAGUGACUGAAGUCGCGUUUUUAAUAAUUGAUGCUAUUAAUUAUUGCCAUUAAGUGUUCAGUUUAGAAAACUGCUCCAGUACGUUGUUGGUGUACAGCAGUAUGGCUGCGUACUUCUUGUCCGCUGGAGACAGCUUGAAAGUGUGGGACGCUGAGAAGAUCAGCGUCAUCCCGUCCACAUCGUCCACGGAUUUUGUAUCUGUUGUUCGAGCCAUCUGGUCACCAAAGGGAGACUGCAUCGCCGUCGUUGGCUUUCGGAAAGGCAGCGAUGUCGCUAAAAUUUACUUGCUGAGUGUUACUCGCAACGGAGGCAUCGGUGCUCCCGUUGAGAUUUUUGCUGCUGAAAGUGAUAAAUCUGUUAGCAGUGGAUCGCGUGAUUCUUCCUCAUCCAAACGUAUUUCGCGAACCCUGGUGGCAUUUGGCAAUGGCAAUGGGCAGAUUGUGGCAGGCGCCAACAAGGAAGGAUUGGUGCAGAUCUUCGAUCGAAAAACCACGAAAAUUACUACGCUUCCUGCAAGCACCAUAGGAAGCGAAAUUAAAAGUAUUCUUUUCAAUGCGGAUGAUACUGCUCUCAUCAUUGCGGAUGCGGAAGGUGACCUGUGGUUUCGAUCGACGAAAAUCGAGCAGUCGAGCUUAACAAAAAUCAAAGGACAAUCGAAGGCAGUUCUGGUUUUGCAACCAUUCCCAAUUGAUCUGCGCACCUUGAUUUGUGGGCACGAAAGCGGAGCGAUUACUUUUUUGGAUACGAUUAAAAAAGAGUUUUCGUACCCGUUCGAAAGCAUUUCUACCCAUCUGGCUGCUUGCAACGAUAUUGCCUUCUCCCACACUAAUCCGAACCUUGCUGCAUCUGUUGGCAUGGAUAACCAGAUUAUUAUUUUUCACAUUGGACAGAAAAAAAUACUCAACAAAAUCAUGUCGGACUGCUCGCUGUACAGUAUUCUGUUCCUUCCAACGGGGAAUGAAAUUCUUUGCGGUACGUCCACGGGAAAGAUCCUGCUGUACAAUCUCACAAAAGACCCAUCGCCGCAGCGGAUGUUUAUGGAGCACAACGUGCCUGUGGUGGCGCUAGCUGUGCAGCCGCAAGCGAAGGUCAAUCCUGCAUUGGGAACUGAUCGACAUACAGGCCUUCGAGCCAAUGGAAAUCAAGUGACACCAAAAGUCUCGUUGCCGGUCACGGAUCUGCGUCAAGGAAAACGUGGAUCCAACCCAGAAGUGAAAGAUGCAAUCUCGCGAAAUGCAGGACGUGUGCAUUCUAGCAAACCUUCGGUAGAAACAGCUUCCAUCUCUCUAUCGGCACCUUUCGCUACUGUUCAACGUAUCCAGCCAAAAGAGUUGUCAGAGGGGGUUGCCUCCCAAACGCUGCCAGUCAUGACGUUGUCACCAAAUAUUACCGUGCGCAAUAACCUUGAAAACAAUGCAAGCUCUCCGAUUGUUGAACCGGCCGAUACUUUGACGGGCAGCAAGCCCUCGGACAGCGAGCGUGAUUCGAAUUUUGCAGAUCAGUUGCAGAAUUUGGCCACGAAACUGGACAGUGCCGCCAUGGAACAUCGUGUAGCGGUAUUGGACAUUCGUGAUAUGAUUUAUGAUUAUGAACACGAAAAUUGCGAACGACUUAUAGAGGCCGAGAAAAAGAUCGGAAAGUUACAGGAAGAUACCGCACACAACACAGCCUUAUUGGAGUUGAUUUUUAACGAGCUGACUGCAAUUCGAAAACGCCUGCCAUACCUUUAAUGUAGUGCAUAGCGUUAGUGAUUUUCCGAUAGCUUGAUAAAAACUGCGUUUUGUAAUUUAUUUUUGUUUCUUGCUUCCGUGAACCUCCAACGUCUGUUCUGAUUCAAUGAUUCUCAUUUGUACACCCUUUUUUAAUAGUAUUAUCGUAUAUGCUAUUGCUUUUUACAGUUUUGACUAGUUUCCUUGUAUGAGUUUUCCCGGUAAGAAAUACAAUAUACAAAGUACGAGGAAACUACGAGUGCAUUGGACUGCAUAUUGGCGCUCAUAAUGUGAAUUGUCCAGCUCUGGGGAGGAAUCUGUACUGCCACUUUAAUUCUACUUCAAUCUAAUUAUUAGAAUGUUAUUCGCAAUAACAUGCUCGUGUUUCUCUAAUAAUGUCUAUUUUACCAUGAAAAUGACCUUCAUGUAAAGAGCUUCUUGUAACUUAAGUAAUCUUUUUUUCACGAAAGAUUUGCUUGUCAGUUAUUUCGAAUACAGUUAUUGACUAAUCAGCUUUACUGCCAGGUCUAGCUGGAGACGGUUAAUUAGAAUCGGCCUUAGGUGUUUCUGGACGAGUUCCUUUAAGCUUUCUGAAGGUUUCCAGAACAUUCCGAUCCAAAACCGGGGGAUCUGGUUGGUACGCCGGUUCCCCGAGUUCGACGAAUAAGUCAUCAGAGCCAUCGGAUUCGCUGUCCGGUGCGAAACUGUUUUCAUGGUGAAAAGGAAUUCGCUUUAUGACCGGCUGGAUGGCGUCCCGGUUCAUCUUCUGAUUCAGGAGUGCCCAGUAUUUCACUAUAAGCGUGACACUGACAUACAUUCUAUCACAUUAAGCUGGUAUUUUUUAUAAUUUUUGAUUUUUUAAGCGAAAUGUCGAAUCUGCAUUUGGGUCCUUUCAUUACUGUCAUUUUCAUUGCUUCGCUAAAACUUACUGAUUGCGAUGCGAAGCUUAUUGCGGUAUCGGAGAUAGUACGACUGAAAAC